AUGUUCCAACUUGAUGUCAACAAUGCAUUCUUGCAUGGUGAUCUUGAUGAGGAAGUUUUUAUGAAACUCCCUCCUGGUUUUUCUGUUGGCUCUUCUUCUUCUUCUUCUUCUGAUCCUCUAGGUUAUGUGCAUUCUCUCAGUGAUUAUUCUUUUUUCACCGAAGGUUCUGGCAACUCCCUCGUUAUCGUGGUUGUGUAUAUGGAUGAUAUUAUUUUGACGGGGGUUGAUAUUUCUGAAAUUUCCUCCCUUAAGGCCUUUUUGGAUCUUCAGUUUAAAAUUAAGGAUCUUGGGUCUCUUAACUACUUUCUUGGGAUUGAAGAUCUACAUACUAGUUCUGGGGUUCUUCUACAUCAAAAGAAGUUUAUUUAUGAUCUUUUAGCUGCUUUUAACUCUUUUUAUUGUUCUCCUGUCACUUGUCAUCUUGAGUUGAAUGUGAAAUUGAAGGCUAAGGAGGGGGAUCUUCUCCCUAAUCCUGAGGAAUACAGAAGUCUCAUUGGUAAGCUUAAUUUCCUCACUAACACCAGGCCUGACCUUAGUUUUGUUGUGCAACAUCUCAGCCAAUUCAUGAAGCAUCCCUGUCUACCUCACAUGAAGGUAGCCUUGAACCUCUUGAGGUAUUUGAAAGGCACUUCUGACUUUGGCAUCUUCCUUUCGAACUCUCCUGAUCUCUCCUUGCAAGCUUAUUGUGAUAGUGAUUAG